CACGCGAGGUGUGUCUCCCACUCAUUUGAGCAGCACACGACAACUGUGGACUUCUCCAGACAUUGGAAUCAAUCCGCAGUGUUGUCAUCGUUCUGAGCGAAACCGCGGAGACAAACACACUGAUGCUGCUGCUCAAAUGAGUCCGGACGCAACCAAGCAAUGGUAGAAGAAGGCGGCAAUGAGGUGUAAGGUGAAGAACGAGACAUCGGAAUGCCACGAGCUGUCUCCUUUCUUUCUCUGUUGCUUGGCCUCAUGGGAUAUGCUUUGGCAGGGCUCAACAUCUGGCCCUCCUUCCACGUUGCCCUUAGCAACGCCAGUGUAUUUGUGGACUACAGCACAAAAACCAACAGCAGCCUCAUCGGCCAUCUGAGUGUAUCUCUGGUUGACAUGAACACCAACACCACCCUUCUGACCCGGACUCUGCCUAACAACCAGUCUGCUGGUAGGGUGGAGUUCAGCUGCUCCUGUUUCCUGUAUGCUGGAACUUUCCGCUUCCUGCUGAAGCAGAUCAGCACGGCGGAGGAGUCCCACGCAAAUGGGACGGAGCGUUCGGAGAGUACCACGUGGUGGUGGAGUUCAGAACUGCAGGUGCAGUGGCCCACCUUUCACAUUGCGGUCGAGAGGGUCGGGAACCACUCGGGAGCUUUUCAGAUCGGCUUAUCAACCAAUGAACACUUCCAGCCUUGCUCCAGCAUCGUCCAACCUGCUCUGCUGCUAGAAGUCAGCUAUAUGGAAUACAACCAGAUUGGCCGAAAGGGCAUCAAUAAGGUGCAAGCCCGCACGCUCCAUCCCAUCCAACCUCUCCGUUCCCAGAUGAUCAAGCUUCCCUGUGCUUUUCCAUUCACGGAGAAAGACUUCAUACAAGUAUCCCUGCGCUCCCCCCAUUCAACGCAGGAAGUGAAAAGCUCCGGUCCUCUCUACCUGUCCCAUAUCUUCUUCUAUAAACUGCUGGUGGAAAACGCCAAUACCUAUAAGAGUAGGUGUGAAGGGACUGUGACCGUGAAGCUCGUAACUCCACCUUGUGCGCACAUUGACGGCAAAGUACUGUUGUAUAAGGACGGAGUUGUUGGAAGAGGGGUCGCCGUCCCCUCUGGGACGGCGGGAGCAGGAGGAACAACAGCGAUGGGCUUCGGGCAAGAGGAGCCGUCUUCUCCUCCGUUGGCUUUUAACUGGCUCACUCAAGGAGAGAACGAGACGGAAUUCAACUGCUCUGUUUUUUACCCGGGAAGGAGUAAGUACUGCUUCCGAUUUGUGUUUAACUACAGCCGCUCGCCUAGUCCGGCUCAGACCUGCCUGGUGGUGCACAGGAGCGAAGAAUCAUGGGGACCCUGGAAACAGUGGAGUGUGUGCAGUGUGAGCUGUGGAGAGGGUGUCAGGGAACGUGUGCGGGAGUGUUUGUUGCCCUCUGGCGUGGAAGGGAAGCAGUGCACUGGAAUGGUGAAGGAACAGUCCCUCUGCUCCCUGGAAGACUGUGCAGCAUUUGCAGCUCCAUCUCUUCCUCCCGUGCCGGCUGGAGUCGGUCCCUUCGGUGGCAACGUGGUGGCCAUCGUUGGCAUCUCCCUCUGCCUGGCCGUCAUUCUGGCCACCGUGGUGAUUACCCUGUGGAGGAAGCUCUGCCGUACCCCUCAGUGCAGCUCCGUCCGUAGAGGCUCCGCGCAUUCCUCGGGCGGGCGCAAACUCUCCGACGAGGCCUCCGUUUGCGGCGCCGGCCUCCAGAGACCGAGCUCGGUCGGGGUCGGUUCGACCCAGAUCCACAGGCCUUCCCUGGGCGGUCCUCCUCUUCCUCAGACAGCGGUGAUGCCUCUCUCACAGGAUCCAGAGAGGCUGUCACCCACUGGUCAGAAGGUCCUGCCUCCCAUUUUUGGGUACCGCUUAGCUCAGCAGCAGUUAAAAGAAAUGAAGAAGAAGGGCUUAAAGGAGGCCACACAACUCUACCACGUGUCUUCAAGCCCGGUUCACGAUACUUCGCUAGAGAAGCCGACGUCACCGACCAAUUCCCACAUUCCAUCACCCAUCGCAUCCCCCUUUUCUGAGCCACCGUCGCAAACUUCUCGGAUCACGCCGGACCGAGCGGGUCCCAGAGUGGAUCUCAUCUUGGGUCCUCAAGUAUCCAAGUGGCGAGACCGCACUGCCGAUUGGGUGGAGAUGGUGGAGAGGAGCAGCGUAGCAGGUGUCGCCGACAGACCCGUGACAAACACGUAUCACAAGAAUCCAAAUUUCCGAAGGACCUCCAGUUUUACGGAGACAAAACCUCAGCCUUCAUGCGCAGGACACUACCGAGACAGAAGCAUGACUCAGGUGGGAUGUCGCACCCUUCCUGAAGGAAACUCAUGGUCCAAAGAGAGAAGAGAGAGGUCUCCAUUUAGCGCCUACCCCAUUCCAGAGCAUGAUACCCCAAAGUGGGCCCAUUCUAGACCCCAGAGGGAUCCCUCAACACAGACUUCCACUCCUUAUCAAGUGAAACACACGGGAACCAGUACCUCGACGAAACACGUGGACCACUGUGGCGCUGAGGAGAAACAGCCGAAGGGCAGAGCGGGAAGCGGAGCUCCUCACGAGGGAAUUUCAGGGAUCGGCGGCCCACUCACAAAUCCUGACUGUCAGUACGGAGCAACCCUGAGUGUGGAACGGGCCGAGCAGAACUGGAAUCGCCGCGGUCCGUCGCCGGUCCAGAGGAACAUGCUGGCACGGAAAUUAAAGGAGGCUCAGUCCUGCUCCAGCGUCAGAGGGCGUCAGCGUAGCUCCACCUUCAGCGUGUCGUCAUCCGAAAAGAGGGAAGAACACGGCCGCCCGCGUCCCGGUUCGGGAUACUACGUCGGCACUGAAAGCUCCGCUUACCCCCUGAGUGAGGCGGAGCAACGGGUGCUGCGUUUUUCACCAGACGAGAAUUAGAUCACCAAGAAAUGUGAUGAACUUUUCUCAGGAGAAUUGAACAAGAUUCAAGUCGUCCAGAUUGUUUUGUAAUAGUUAAUCAUUCCGAUUGUGCCAAAUAACAUCAUUUUUGUUUUCAGUGAAUGGGCAUAUUUUUGAUGUGUUUCCAACAAAGGUUUAAAUAAAACGUUUUGCCACUGCUUUA